UGCCCGGUAGCAGGUCUGGGCACGGUUCGCGGGAGCAACUUGGCGGCUCGUCCCGUUCCUCCCUCUCCCCGGGCCAGCGCGGCCAUGGCGGGCGGGCGGCCCCGCCGCUCCUAGAGUCGCCGCCGCAGCCCGCGACCUGCCGCCGCCGGGAUGAGCACCCUCGGCUUCGACGAUGCGGCCCUGGAGGGGCUGUCGCCGUCCCUCGGCCUCUCCGGGGCCAGCGACAUCGACACGGCCCUGCUCAGCGACAUCGACGACAUGCUCCAGCUGAUCAACACACCUGACAAUGACUUCCCGGGACUCUUCGACUCACCCUUCGGUGCCCCUGACACCGCCAUGCCCCCGGGGCUGCCCCCGGCUCCAGGCACCCUUGGCACCUACCUGGGGCCCAACAAACCUCCCCCUGCUGCCCCCACCAGCAGCGUCUACCCAGGGCCCCCCGGGAUGGCGACCUUCACCCCGCAGCCCCCCGCCCCGCUCCUGCCAGCGCCGGCCCCGGGUGUGAAGGAGGAGCCUGUGGCCGUACCCAGCAGCCAGCCCCAGCCUGGCAUUGUGCUGGCCCCCAGCUUCGUCCCUGCCUCUCCCAACCAGUUCAACUCCCAGCCCCUGGGGGGCUUCCAGAACCAGCACAGCUUCUCUGCUGUGCAGCCUGGGGGUGCAGGGCAGACCGUGCCCAGUCCCCUGCCCACUUCACAGCCAGCCCAGCCUGUGGCACUGCCUGGCCCAGUGCAGAGUGUGGCACCCCAGCAGCUCCUGGCCUCCGCUGCCCCGCAACCCAUCUCACCCCAGAUCCAGCCGGUGCCGGUCUUGCUGCAGCCCCACUUCAUCAAGGCUGACUCCCUGCUGCUGACAGCUGUCAAGACAGACGCUGGCAGUGCCAAGAGCUCCAGCAUCGCCUCCUUGGCCACCACCACCAGCAGCUCUGCCACCCCGCUGCAGGUGCCGGCCCUGGUGAGCGGAGGAACCAUCCUGGCCACGGUGCCACUGGUGGUGGACGCCGAGAAGCUGCCCAUCAACCGGCUGGCACCCAGCGGGAAGCCGGCGCUGGUGCAGAGCCGGGGCGAGAAGCGCACGGCACACAACGCCAUCGAGAAGCGCUACCGCUCCUCCAUCAACGACAAGAUCGUGGAGCUCAAGGACCUCGUGGUGGGCACCGAGGCCAAGCUCAACAAGUCUGCGGUGCUGCGGAAGGCCAUCGAGUACAUCCGCUUCCUGCAGCAGAGCAACCAGAAGCUGAAGCAGGAGAACCUUGCUCUGAAGAAGGCUGUGCAGAAGAACCAGUCCCUGAAGGACCUGGUGGCCUCCUGCAGCAGUGGGGCCAAGGCAGAGGCCCCCAUGGAGGUGGUGAAGGCAGAGGUGAUGGAGAUGCUGACCCCGCCGCCCUCGGACGUGGGGUCGCCGUCCCACAGCAGCCUGCUCUCGCUCAGCGGCACCAGCAGCAACAGCAGCAGCGACUCGGAGCCUGACAGCCCCCUCUGCGAGCAUGACAAGGUGAAGCAGGAGCAGCCUCCACCCUCGCCCAGCAGCCAGGGCAUGCUGGACCGCUCCCGCAUGGCCCUCUGCGCCUUCGUCUUCCUCUGCCUCUCCUUCAACCCCCUGGCCUCCCUCCUUCGGGGCUCCAGUGCCCCAGCCCCUGUGGGAAACCCAGGCACCAGUGGCCCCAGCAGGAGCAUCAUGGCUCAGUCUGGCACCGUGGAGGAGCCAUGGGGGUGGUCGCAGUGGCUGUGGCCCACGCUGGCCUUCUGGGCGCUGAACACGGCGCUGGUGCUGGGGGCGGUGGUGAGGCUCUUCGUCUUCGGGGAGCCCGUCACCCGCCCCCACUCCGAGCCCUCUGUGCUCUUCUGGCGGCACCGGCGGCAGGCUGACCUCGACCUGGACCGGGGGGACUUCGCCCAGGGUGCCCAGCACCUGCGGACGGCGCUGGGGGCACUGGGCCGCCCUCUGCCCGCCUCCCACGGGGACCUGGCCUGCAGCCUGCUGUGGACCCUGCUGCGGCACCUGCUGCAGCGCCUCUGGGUGGUUCGCUGGCUGGCUGCCCGCGCCGGGAGGCUGCGCCCCGACCCCCCGCCCCCCGCCCACGUCUGGCAGAGUGCCCGCGAUGCUGCCAUGGCCUACCACCGUCUGCACCAGCUGCACCUCGCAGGGAAGCAGGCAGGGGGGCACCUGCUGGCCAUCAACCUGGCACUGAGCGCCGUCAACUUGGCCGAGUGUGCCGGCGACGCCGUCUCCGUGGCUGCCCUGGCUGAGAUCUACGUGGCAGCUGCCCUGCGGGUCAAGGCCAGCCUGCACCGCUGCUUCCACUUCUUGGCUCGCCCCUUCCUCUGCAGUGCCCGGCGUGUGGCUCUGUCCCACGGUGGGGCUGUGCCCCCGGCCAUGCAGUGGCUUUGCCACCCCUUGGGCCACCGCUUCUUUGUCGACGGAGACUGGGCCGUCAAGGGCGUCCCAAGGGAGACCAUCUACAGCUCUGCUGGCAACCCAGUGGACCCUCUGGCGCAGGUCACCCAGCUCUUCCGUGAGCACCUUCUGGAGAAGGCCUUGUGCUGCGUGGCCAUGCCCGAGCCUGGCCGCCCCGCUGCCCAGAGUGAGGGGCGCUUCUCCAGUGCUCUGGAGUACCUCCAGCUCCUCAAUGGAUGCUCCAACGUCAGCGGCACGGCCGGCCCCACACCCUGCAUCAGCUCUGGCUUGGCUGCUGUCACAGGCACCGACCCCGUGUCCAAGUGGUGGGCAUCCAUCAUUGGCACAGUGAUUCACUGGCUGCAGGGUGACGAGGAAGGGGCUGAGCGCCUCUACCCACUGGUGGAGACCAUGCCCCGGGCACUGCAGAGCUCUGACAAGCCCCUGCCCCGCGCUGCCUUGCACUCCUUCCAAGCCAUCCGAGCCAUGCUGAGCAAGCAGGACGGGAGCCAGGCCAGCCUGAGCCACUGUGAGAAGGCCAGCGCCUGCCUGCGGGAGAGCCUGGAGCUGGGCAGCCCCCCCAGGGGCACCAUCGACAAGGCGGUCCAGUUCUUGCUGUGUGACCUGCUCCUGGUCACCCGCACCAACCUGUGGCAGCAGCAGAUGACAGUCAGCCAGCAGCGCAGCUGCCUCUACCAGGCCUCUGCCGUGGAGCUCCGCGGCUUCCAGCAGGACCUCAGCAGCCUCCGGCGCCUGGCGCAGACCCUCCGCCCUGCCAUGCACCGGGUGUUCCUGCACGAAGCCACUGCCAGGCUCAUGGCCCGGGCCAGCCCCACACGUACCCACCAGCUGCUGGACCGCAGCCUGCGGAGGAGAGGGGUGCAGGGAAGCAAAACAGCUGGUGAGCCGGAGAGCCACCCCACGCCACGGGAGAAUGCUGAAGCUCUGCUCCUGGCCUGCUGCUACCUCCCACCCAGCUUCCUCUCGGGACCAGGCCAGCGCGUGGGCAUGCUGGCUGAGGCUGCCCGCACCCUGGAGCGGCUGGGCGACAAACGGACGCUGCACGACUGCCAGCAGAUGAUCAUCAACCUGGCCAGUGGCACCACUGUCACGUCAGGCUGACCCGGGGCGCGCUGGCAGCCCCACUGCUUGCCCACCUUGGCGCUCGGGGGUGGCUGGGGGUGACGAGAACGUGCCUGCCUCAGUUUCCCCUCAGGGUGGAAGGCCCUUCAGCAGGAUGGUGUGAGGGAGCAGGUUUUAAGGUGAGGGGGUGGGUGAGUGAGGAGGGGCAGGGUGAUGCCCAGUGCCACUGGUGAUGCCCACGGAGGCUCCCAGCAUGGGACAGCCACGUGUGGGGCACCCUGAAUGGGCUUGGCCACCCCAUGGCUCUGUCCCUGUGCCCAGCCCAUUUCGGUGCUGGGACGUGGGGACCUCUAGUGACACUGUCACAGUAUUGCAUGGCACUGGGACGCUUCAGCAGCCUGCCCCCAGUGCCAUCCAGUACCAGUGCCCCCGCAAUCCUUCAGCACAGGGUAGGGGGCGGGGCAUCCUCAUCCUCCUCUCCUGGUUGUCCCUGCUCUAUCCCCUCCCCCUGCUCCCGCGGGUCUUGCAUGGGAGGCUCAGCUUUGCCCCCAUUGUGGGGUUUGACCCCGUGGUGGCAGCUAAGGACCCUCUUCCCAACCAUGCCCAUGGGGUGCAAGAGGACUCCAACCCCAGCCUACCCUGCCCCCACCCCCAGUUCUGACCAGUGUCCCCAGUUAGGAGCUGUCCUCACCCCCAGGCAUGGCUGGUCCUGAGCUUUUUUGGAGAAGGGAUGGCAGAGGGGCAUGGGAUUCUGAGGGGGCUGGUGGGUACCCCUGUCCCCUUGCUUCACCCUGACUUGUACAUAGCCCCUCCCCCAGCCCCCCCCUUGCGUUUUUAAACGGUAUUUUCAUAGCUGGAGAGUUUUGUACAGACUAUUAAAGCUGAUUAUUUAUACUGGUG